AUGCCAUUUUUCGUCAUGUUUCCCGCAUUUAUCACUGUUGUGGCAGGUUUUGAAUGUCCAGGAGGUCGACUAACACCACAGCAACGUAUAGACAUCGUUAAUCAGCACAAUGAAUUUCGUUCAUUACUGAUUCAUGGAAAACUUAAAAAUAAAGAUAACAUAUUCAUGCCACGAGGCAAAAAUAUGUUACAAAUGACAUGGAGUUGUCAGCUAGAAAUUUCUGCGCAAAAGUGGGCAGACCAGUGCAUCUUUAGACACUCUUCGAGAAAGCAGAGAGAGGGAAUUGGUGAAAAUCUCUAUGCUUAUUGGUCAUCAGCAAACGUUGAAAAGUUUAGAGAUAUUGCUGGUACGGAUGCAGGCAAAAGCUGGUGGUCAGAACUUCCGCAACUGUACACUGAUAACCCUUCGAACAUUUUGACUCCGGAAGUUUACAGUCAAGGUGUUUCACAUUUUACGCAGAUGGCUUGGGGUAAUACGCAUGAAAUUGGUUGCGGUAUUGCUACAAAAUGCGAAGGUGGUCGUUCACUCAUAGUUAUUUGCCAUUAUUCACCGCGUGGAAAUUGGCUAAGACAUCUGAUAUAUGAGCUUGGCGAACCAUGCAAAACGGAUAGCGAUUGUGAUACCGAGAAGUGUUUAGAAGAAUCUGGUUUGUGUGAAAAAUGA